GAGUGCUGCUCUCUCAGUGUCGGACUACGGGAAAAUGGCAGAGGCCAGAGUUUCAGAAGAUCAGGACCAGUUCAGCUGUCCAGUCUGUCUGGAUCUACUGAAGGAUCCAGUGACUAUUCCCUGUGGACACAGUUUCUGUAUGGUGUGUAUUAAUGCCUGCUGGAAUCAGGAUGAUCAGAGGGGAAUCUACAGCUGCCCUCAGUGCAGACAGACUUUCAGUCCAAGGCCUGUUCUAUGCAGAAACUACAUGCUGGCUGAAGUGUUGGAGAAACUAAAGAAGACAGAACUCCAGGCUGCUUCUCCUGUUCACUGUUACGCUGGACCUGGAGAUGUGGAGUGUGAUUCCUGCACUGGGAGAAAACACAAAGCCAUCAAGUCCUGUUUGGUGUGUCUGGCCUCCUUCUGUGAAACUCAUAUCAGACCUCACUAUCAGUCUCUUGCCUUUAAGAAACACACACUGGUUAAAGCCUCCUCAAGACUACAAGAAAAGAUCUGCUCUCAACAUGACAAACUGACUGAGCUAUUCUGUCGUACUGAUCAAAGCUUCAUCUGUCAUUUGUGUAAAAUGCAUGAACACAAAAGUCAUGAUACAGUGUCAGCUGCAGCAGAAAGAACUAAAAAACAGACUGAGCUACAGGAGGAGCAGAGGAAACACCAGCAGAGAAUCCAGGAGAAAGAGAAGAAGGUCCAGGAGCUGAAGCAAGCUGUAGACACUCUUAAGCGCUGUGCACAAGCAGCAGUGGAGGACAGUGAGAGGAUCUUUACUGAGCUGAUCUGCUCCAUUGAGAAAAUGCGCUGUGAGGUGAGAGAGCUGAUCAGAGAACAGGAGAAGACUGAAUUGAGUCAAGCUGAAGGACUCCUGGAUCAACUAGAGCAGGAUAUUGCUGAUCUUAAGAGGAGAGACACUGAGCUGGAGCAGCUCUCCCACACAGAGGAUCACAUCCAUUUCCUCCAGAGUUUCCCAUCCCUCUGUGUCUCUUCUGGAUCUGUGGACUCAUACAGCAUCUCUGUCCAUCAACCUGCCUCAUUUGAUGGUGUGAAGAAAUCUCUCUCUGAUCUGAAGAAGCGAAUAGAGACAUUCUGCAAAGAGGAAAUGAACAGUAUGUCUCCACAUGUUGCAGCAGUUCAGAUGAAUUCACGCUCAGAGCCAAAGACCAGAGAUGAUUUCCUGAAAUGUAAUACAUACACAUGUGUACAAAGAAACACAUUUAGCUCUUUUUUAGAUUACUGUCAGAUGACUCUGGAUCCAGUCACAGCGCAUCACUGUCUCAUUCUGUCUGAAAAGAACAGAGUGGUGACAAACGGUGGGAGAGUCCAGCCAUACUCUGACCAUCCAGAGAGAUUUGACCACUGGAAUCAGGUGUUGUGUAAGGAGAGUGUGUGUGGUCGCUGUUACUGGGAGGUUGAAUGGAGCAGUGGGGGAUGUGGGGACAUAUCAGUCUCAUAUAAAGAUAUCAGCAGGAAAGGACAGGGUAAUGAGUGUAGGUUUGGACACAACACUCAGUCCUGGAGUCUGUGGUGUUCUUCUACUCUCUCUUUCUGGCACAACAACAUUAAGACUGAGAUCUCAGACCCACCGUCCUCCAGAAUAGGAGUGUAUGUGGAUCACAGUGCAGGAACUCUGUCCUUCUACAGAGUCUCUGACAAAAUGACCCUCCUACACACAGUCCACACCACAUUCACUCAGCCCCUCUAUGCUGGAUUUGGCAUCACUCUUGGAUCUACUGUGAGGUUAUGUGAUCCAAAAUAAUGUGUUAUUUCACUUCAUUAAGUUGAUUUAAUUAGGAGUCAGAUCAGUUUUAGUGAGUAUCUGCACACAUUAGUCUUUCAGCUGCACCUGUUUCCAUCACUGAUCACAGGAGUUCAGGGAAGAGGAGAAUAAACACAGACACAAUCCCUCUACACACUUUACAAAUGUUCACAUGAGUAGUUGAAACAUUCAUGCACACUGACAUUCUGGAGGCAAAUAAAAAUGAAGUCAUUAGAAUAGGGCGUGUCAAAAGAGGAGCUGUAAGUAGAAAGUGAUUAUAUAUAUAAAACUUUCCUGAUUACACCACUGUUUACACCACACUCUUAAUUAAAACAUUAUUAUAUUUUAAUUAAGAAAUUUUUGAAUUACCAAACAAUCCUAAAUACUAGAUGAGGAAGGACCUCUGUCUGAACUUCCCUGCUUCUCUGGAAAUCUUGAAUGCCUCUCUCUCUCUCUCUCUCUCUCUCUCUCUCUCUCUCUCUCUCUUUCUCUUAUAGCUGCACUAUAACUGAAUCACCCUACAUAUCACUUCUACAAAGGGCACUUUAUCACUCUACUACAUAAACACCAGAGCCAAGCUCUGUAAUCCCUCAUCUCCUGUAUAUGGGAUCACCUGUAUUAGACUGAUACACCUCAGUUACUGUCUACACACUGUCAAUAUGUAAUACAAAAAUUUAAUUGAAGUAUGAUAAUAAAGACUUACAAUAAAGACUUACUCUUAUUUACUUACUUAA